CUGAGCGCGCGAAUGCAGCUACGUGUUUCACAGCCUGCAGCCUGCUCUCUGUUCGCGGUUAGCUUGACGUCGCACGAGCAGUGCUUUAAACGAGCAUAACUAAAGAGAACCUAAAGUAAGGUUCUCCGCCAGAUACCUGCGAUGGCCGACAAGGAAGCAGGUGCAUUUGAUGAUGCAGUUGAGGAGAGGGUCAUAAAUGAAGAGUACAAGAUAUGGAAGAAAAACACUCCCUUUCUGUAUGAUCUGGUCAUGACCCAUGCUUUGGAGUGGCCCAGCCUCACUGCACAGUGGCUCCCUGAUGUCUCCAGGCCGGAAGGAAAAGAUUACAGUGUGCACCGGCUGGUGUUGGGAACCCACACGUCUGAUGAACAGAAUCACCUGGUCAUCGCCAGCGUCCAGCUGCCUAAUGAUGAUGCCCAGUUUGAUGCUUCUCAUUAUGACAGCGAAAAAGGAGAGUUUGGUGGCUUCGGAUCUGUUAGUGGCAAAAUCGAGAUAGAAAUCAAGAUCAGCCAUGAAGGAGAGGUGAACCGUGCCCGCUACAUGCCCCAGAACCCUUGCAUAAUUGCUACCAAGACCCCGACCUCUGAUGUGUUGGUGUUUGACUACACUAAACACCCCUCAAAGCCAGAUGCUUCCGGGGAGUGUCGUCCUGAUCUGCGUCUCAGAGGCCACCAGAAAGAAGGCUAUGGUCUGUCCUGGAAUCCUAAUCUUUCUGGCUCUCUACUUAGUGCUUCAGAUGACCAUACAGUCUGUCUGUGGGACAUAAGUGCUGUGCCUAAGGAAGGAAAGAUAGUGGAUGCAAAGACUAUCUUUACUGGUCACACUGCUGUGGUGGAGGAUGUGUCCUGGCAUUUGCUCCACGAGUCUCUCUUUGGAUCAGUAGCAGAUGACCAGAAGCUCAUGAUCUGGGACACUCGUUCAAACAACACCUCUAAACCCAGCCAUGCAGUGGAUGCCCACACAGCAGAGGUCAACUGUUUGUCAUUCAACCCCUACAGCGAGUUCAUCCUUGCUUCUGGCUCAGCAGACAAGACUGUGGCUCUUUGGGACUUGAGAAACCUGAAACUGAAGCUUCAUUCGUUUGAGUCACACAAGGAUGAAAUCUUCCAGGUUCAGUGGUCACCUCAUAAUGAGACCAUACUGGCAUCCAGUGGCACUGACCGCCGCCUCAACGUCUGGGACCUCAGCAAAAUUGGAGAGGAGCAGUCACCAGAAGAUGCAGAGGAUGGCCCACCUGAGCUACUGUUCAUCCACGGAGGCCACACAGCCAAGAUCUCAGACUUUUCCUGGAACCCCAAUGAGCCAUGGGUCAUUUGCUCUGUGUCUGAAGACAACAUUAUGCAAGUCUGGCAAAUGGCUGAGAACAUCUACAACGACGAAGACCCAGAGGGUUCAACAGACCCUGAGGCCACAGCAUAACAUCCUCACCUGUUGUGCAUCUAACCUCCAACCUCACCAUGAACUGCCAAACUGCCACCUCAGUAGUUCUGUGCAGCUACUUCUACUUCUUCUUUUUUCCAUCCUUCCUUAUUUCACUGGUGGGACGCUAUUCCGCAAAGUACUGUAAAUACAAGAAAGAUCAAUUGUGGCCCUGACCCCUUCGUAAUGCUCAAUUUGGAGCGUUUUAAGAGUAAUUUAUUGCCUGAUUAGUCUCAGGUUUUUCACAAUUACGCUGUAAGUAAUGUAAUAACAAAAAUUCGGCUUCCUCUAAGCAUGUUGGAAAUGAAGCAGAAAAAAGAGGUAAAAUUGCAGUUAUGCUUUUACAUGAUUCACAGGACAGUAAGGUUGCACCGAUACCAUUUUUACCCCUUUUUUACACCUUGUGCUGACAUUUGGGUCCUGGCUCGCAAGUGCAAAUACGAAUACUUUGGUUCUUGAUGUUAUUUUUGAAGGAUUUUAUUCUGAUUGGUUGAACCUUAUCCCUUCUCUUGAGAAUUUAGCAGUGCAGUGUUUGCAGUCUACUUUUGUUAGCCUCAUUUAUGCUGAAUAUCCCCAAACUGCAUGCAUGGUUCAUUAUUCCCAUUCCUGCUCACAUAAUAAGAGCUAACAUGCAGUUAAAUGAUAUCUAUCCAGACUCUGCAGUGUUUAACAAGCACCUAGGCUGUGUUUCAGCACAGGUACAACUAAAGGUAUCGGUACAUCCCUACAGUACAGUGACAGUUAAUAGAACUGUUGAUUGUGUUUUUUCACAGGGAUCAAAAAAGUGUCUCGUAACUUUUACCUUCAGUGUGGCCCUUACUAAAAAAUCGAUCUUUCUCACCAGCUGUUUUUCAAAGAAUUAGCAAUUUUGGAGUGAAUCUGUUAAAAAAUUCCCAUUGGUGGUCCCACCCCCCCCAACCCUUAGUCAUUAAAUGAUCAUUUAACUGUUUUCGUGUUAUAGAUUAGUGGUUGAACUUUUUAUAUGUUCAAUAUUUGUACAGUGAGUGCAUUCUUAAUAAAAAUGUGUUUCAUUA